AUGCUCCGCGAAUCGCGUUGACGAGAUUUUCGCCGAUGAUCCAGCGAUUCCGGUUGCUUAAUCCUUCACCGGCGAUCUGCAGGAAAUCGCGAUAAUCAGUUAAAAAUAUAUGAAUUUUGACUCUGGGAGGAUUCGAACCCGCGGCGGUCGCCCGCCCCUUACAAGGUGGAUUUAGUCCCACAUCGGUUGUGGGCGGAUUAUUCGGGCGAAUAUAGAGUAAAGUUAGCUUUCUAGGCAAAGUCCUCUCGCGUGUACGAUCACUCCUUGCCCCACAGCCGGCUGACCACCGGUGACGUGGAAGGGGAGUGGCGCACACGUGCCCCUACCGAUCCAACCAAGCCGCUCGAGUCCCUGCUCGCGGCUACUCCCCGACUGCGCUUCCGACCCGCUUGCGGGCCCGGCUGGCCGGCGGAUCCCCCCAUUUUGCAAUAUUUUUAUUUUUAUUUCUUGUUCUUCAUUUAUCUCAAAACUAAGACUGUAAAAAUCGUAUAAAAUCACAUAAUUACCCAAAAAUUCACGUUAAUCAACUGAAAACCACUUUUCAUGCUUUAACACAAAUAUAAGUCUAUUUAUCAUGAGUUAAGGCUAAAACUAUAUUAUUUACUGAUUAUUAACUCAUGAUAAUGAAGACUUAUCAUGCACCCUAGGCAAACUCUCUCUCUCUCUCUCUACUUCUAUCUACUUCCUCUCAUGGCGAUUAUCCUCUUUACAAUUAUAAGUUUUGAAGAAUUUCAGAAAUAUAUGUCUAGGUGAUUGAAAUAUGAGAAAAGGGUCUCUAGAAUUUUCAAAUUUAAGACUAUUUUUUGUGCUGUUUUUGACAAUUUGUUAAAUUAUUUUCUAUAGUUCAUAACAAAAAAUCAGAAACCUUAUGCUAUAGUUUUUCUAAUAUUUGUUUUGAUGCUUUUAUAGUUGAUCAUAAAAUCAAAUGCAAACACAUGAUUUGAGUCAUUCUACAGCAUAAAUUGAGGCUUAAUAGUUCAUCCUCACCUUAAAAAUGACAUUGUCAUCAAUGACAAAAAAAUUAAAAUGAAAUAUGCAAAAAUUAUAAUUUUCAAGUGAAGCAUACGUAUAUGCAAAGUUAAGCAUUAAAAAUAUUGUCGUAAAGGAUAAAGUUCAAAAAAACAUCAUCUCAAUCUUGUUUUUAAUUUUUACACUUCGUCUUACACACUUCUUGCACUUUGAUUUGAAUAGAAUAAAUAUAGAAACAAAUGUUGUGAAAUUUAAAAAAAGAAAACUUAGAAAGACAAAACAUAAUUAAUAAAAUAAAAAGCAUGGGUUGCCUCUCAUGUAGUGCUGAGUUUAAUGUCCUCAGCUUGACACAUUAAUCUUAAUCUUGAAUAUUUUUUAAUAAUAAGAUUUAUUUUUCUGCAAGGCAUUCAUAUUCAAUGUAAUGUUUAAGUCAUUGUCUAUUUACCUUAAAGUUAUGAUUACUUUUAAGAUCUUUAGUCAUUAUAGUCCCAUAAUCAUAUGUUUCUUCCACCACAUAAGGUUGUGUCUAUUUUGAUUUUAAUUUUUGUGGAAAUAAUUUCUGGUGGCAAAUGGGACCCAUCUCCACCAGUACAUGAGCUCGAGGCAACAAAGGAGAUCCAACACUCAUGUAUCCAAUCAGAUAGAGGAGCACGAGCAAAGAUGAAGGAUCCCAGGUUCCGCUAUAUGGCAUGA